GACACACACAUACAUAAAGAUAAAGUGAGUGGAGAAGAGAAGGAGAACGGUUAGAGGAGAAGGGGGGAAAACAGCCUGAAACAGACUUGUUUGUGGACUACUGUGUGAUAUGGGAGGCACCUCUUAAAUCCUUCAGGGGGGUCUGAACCUGAGCUUUAAUUUGUACUCAGUUAGCAAAUAAACUCUAUUGGUUUAAAACAAAAGGGACAAAGGAGAGAAGAAGAAGAAAUGAAGGACUUGGUGCAGUCAGUAGAACUAGGAGUCUCUCAGCGGAAAGGCAUUAAAGCAACUCGACCCAAAGUUUGGCUAAAAAAUGAACUUGUUCGUGUUGGACUUGCUGAAUCCCUUUGCACAUAUGUCAUGAUGGUGUUUGGCCUGGGGUCUGUGGCCCAGGUAGUGACAGGACAGGGAGCAUUCGGACAGUACCUCAGCAUAAACCUGGGUUUUGGACUGGGUGUCGCUAUGGGGAUACAUGUUGGAGGGAAAGUUUCAGGGGCUCAUAUGAAUGCUGCAGUGUCAUUCACAAUGUGCACAUUUGGUCGCCUUACGUGGAGGAUGUUGCCUGUGUAUGUUUUUGCACAGCUAUUGGGAUCAUUUCUGGCAGCAGGGACAGUUUAUGCUGUCUAUUAUGAGGCCAUACAUGAUUAUUGUGGAGGAAACCUGACUGUAACUGGUGUAAAGGCCACAGCUGGUAUUUUUGCCACCUAUCCUGCACCGUACCUCUCCUUGCUGGCUGGAUUCAUCGAUCAGGUGUUUGGCACAGCUAUGCUGCUGCUGUGCCUGAUGGCUCUGUCCGACCAGAAGAACAAACCGGCUGCAGCAGGCAGCGAGCCUGUAGCGGUGGGUCUCCUGGUUCUGCUCAUUGGCAUUUCUCUGGGUAGCAACAGCGGCUACGCUAUCAACCCCACGAGAGACAUCGCACCCAGGGUCUUCACUGCUGUAGCAGGCUGGGGAGCUGAUGUGUUCAGGGCUGGAAAUGGGUGGUGGUGGGUGCCUCUCGUUGCUCCCCCCAUUGGAGGUGUAUUGGGUGCGGGAGUCUACAAGGCCCUGGUGGAAUUGCACCACCCACCCCUCUCUGAACAGGAUGGGGGGUUGGUGGAGGAGUUGGAGGAGGAGACUGCUCCUCUGGAGAAACCGAAAAACAUCUGUGCAAAUGUAUGUGUGUGAGAAACCCAGCUGGGUAAAGUGUUAAAGGCACGUCUGUGGAUAUCUGAACGCAGUGGAAACAUUCCAUGAUGAUGAGGGUAAAAAAAA